AGACUUCCUUCUGUCCCCGCCCCUCUACGGCACGAUGGUCGCGCAAGAAUGUGAUAGAACCUCGACGGCCGCCAUUUUCUCUCUUUCUUAGCAGUUGGCUGAGAGGAGGUCUCCAGAGCGGCGGCAGCGGCUGCUAUAGUGUAGCCAUGGCGGACUACUCCACGGUGCCUCCUCCUUCGUCUGGCUCGGCUGGUGGCGGUGGCGGUGGCGGAGGAGGAGUGAACGACGCCUUCAAAGAUGCACUGCAGCGAGCCCGGCAGAUCGCAGCGAAAAUUGGAGGUGAUGCUGGUACAUCACUGAAUUCAAAUGACUAUGGUUAUGGAGGACAAAAAAGACCCUUAGAAGAUGGAGAUCAGCCAGAUGCUAAGAAAGUUGCUCCUCAAAAUGACUCUUUUGGAACACAGUUACCACCGAUGCAUCAGCAGCAAAGCAGGUCUGUUAUGACGGAAGAAUACAAAGUUCCAGAUGGAAUGGUUGGCUUUAUAAUUGGCAGAGGAGGUGAACAGAUAUCACGCAUACAGCAAGAAUCUGGAUGCAAAAUACAGAUCGCCCCUGAUAGUGGUGGCCUACCAGAAAGAUCUUGUAUGUUGACUGGAACACCCGAAUCAGUCCAGUCAGCAAAGCGAUUAUUGGACCAGAUUGUCGAAAAAGGAAGACCAACCCCUGGCUUUCAUCAUGGUGAUGGACCAGGAAAUGCAGUUCAGGAAAUCAUGAUUCCAGCUAGCAAGGCAGGAUUAGUUAUUGGAAAGGGAGGAGAGACUAUUAAACAACUUCAGGAACGAGCUGGAGUUAAAAUGGUUAUGAUUCAAGAUGGACCUCAAAACACUGGUGCUGACAAACCCCUUAGGAUUACAGGAGAUCCAUACAAAGUUCAGCAAGCCAAGGAAAUGGUGUUGGAGUUAAUACGUGAUCAAGGUGGUUUCAGAGAAGUUCGAAAUGAGUAUGGGUCAAGAAUAGGAGGAAAUGAAGGGAUAGACGUCCCCAUUCCAAGAUUUGCUGUUGGCAUUGUAAUAGGAAGGAAUGGAGAGAUGAUCAAAAAAAUACAAAAUGAUGCUGGUGUUCGGAUUCAGUUCAAGCCAGAUGAUGGAACAACACCUGAUAGAAUAGCACAAAUAACAGGACCUCCAGACCGAUGUCAACAUGCUGCAGAAAUUAUUACAGAUCUUCUUCGAAGUGUUCAGGCUGGUAAUCCUGGUGGACCUGGACCUGGUGGCCGAGGAAGAGGUAGAGGGCAAGGCAACUGGAAUAUGGGACCACCUGGUGGACUACAAGAAUUUAAUUUCAUUGUGCCAACUGGAAAAACUGGAUUAAUAAUAGGAAAGGGAGGUGAAACUAUAAAAAGCAUAAGCCAACAGUCUGGGGCACGAAUAGAACUUCAGAGAAAUCCUCCACCUAAUGCAGAUCCUAAUAUGAAGUUAUUUACAAUCCGCGGCACUCCACAGCAAAUUGACUAUGCUCGGCAACUCAUAGAAGAAAAGAUUGGUGGCCCAGUAAAUCCUCUAGGGCCUCCUGUACCCCAUGGGCCCCAUGGUGUCCCAGGCCCCCACGGGCCUCCUGGGCCUCCAGGGCCUGGAGCCCCAAUGGGACCGUACAAUCCUGCACCUUAUAAUCCAGGACCACCUGGCCCAGCUCCUCAUGGUCCUCCUGCGCCUUACGCUCCCCAAGGGUGGGGAAAUGCGUAUCCACACUGGCAGCAACAAGCUCCCCCUGAUCCAGCCAAGGCAGGAACGGAUCCAAAUUCAGCAGCUUGGGCUGCUUAUUAUGCUCACUAUUACCAACAACAAGCACAACCGCCACCUGCAGCUCCUGCAGGUGCUCCAGCUACAACCCAAACUAACGGACAAGGUAACUGGGGAGAUCAGCAGAAUCCAGCUCCAGCUGGUCAGGUUGAUUAUACAAAGGCUUGGGAAGAAUACUACAAAAAAAUGGGUCAACAAGGGCAGACACAAGAUUAUUCAAAGGCUUGGGAGGAAUAUUACAAGAAGCAAGGUCAAGCAGUUCCUGCUCCUACUGGUGCUCCACCAGGUGGCCAGCCAGAUUAUAGUGCAGCCUGGGCCGAGUACUAUAGACAACAGGCAGCCUACUAUGCCCAGACCAGUCCCCAGGGAAUGCCACAGCACCCUCCAGCACCUCAGUGCCUUCCCAGACCUUCCACCUUAGGUUCUGCUGCAAAAGCAACAGUGCUGAAGAUGCUGCAAGCACCAAAUCAUAGCUCAUAAAAUCAGGUCCUGAGAUAGUUACCCAUAAAGAGGAAUCCUUUGAGUGUAUGCCAUUGGUGAGCCGAUGAGCAUGGACCAUAGAAGGGCUCAAUGUAGAAGGUAAAAAUGGCACAUCAUAAUUGAGAAGUAUGAAAUGUGUUCCCAUACAUAUAUGGUGUAGGGUGUAAUGUACCUUUUUUUGAUCACUUUCAUUUUACAAUGCUAUUCACUUAAUCUUAAAUGUUCCAUGAACUGUGAAAUUUCUUAAGUUGUGUAGUUUUACUGCACCACAUUUAUGUGUACGUGUGUUUUUAAUAGUCAUUGCUAGAUGUGUUAAGAUUUGAUGGAUAGAGAGAGACUCUUUGAACCUUAAAAGCCUUUCAAGUUUUGGGUAGUUGUAGUUUGCAUUUUUAUAAAAGAAUAUAUACAUGAAUGCUAAUAGAUACUGGAACAUUGUUUCUAUCUCAUGAGAAAUUUUUUCAUUUCUUACCAUAAGCCUUCACUGGUAUGUAAGCAUUUUUUUAAAUGAUGCUAAUCUUGAUCUUAAAAGAAAUGCAAAGCAGAAAAGGUGAGCCACUUGAUUUAAAUGCAGUGGAUGUUGAGAGUGUUAGAAACAAUGUUUAGUUUAGAUCGUUUUUAUUUAGCACUUAAACAUUGACAGUGUUUU